CCCACAAAGUAUCCUGCUGGCAGCACUUUAAUUGCACAAACUGAACGGGAGGGGGAAACCUUGGGAACGUGAAUUACCGUAUAUCUGCUUUGUUUGCAUGUAUAUAUAUAUUUUUUCCCCAACGAAGCCGGAAGGACGGUGGCUUCCCCCGCAACACUCAGGCCUUGCCACGUGUGAACGGCACAGGCGGCUGGCAGCGGGCCCUCCCUGAAGCAGCCGCUUCCUGCUGCUGCUCCGCGGCGGGGGGAGCCGCCAUGGAGCCGCCGCCACCGUGCUCUGCCGCCGGCCGGGCAGCCGCGCUGGCCGCCGCCUGCAUCAACUACCGCCGCGGUGGGCCCAGCCGCGGGCUGGAGCUGCGCGCCGUCACUGCCGCGGCCACCCAGGACAUUGACAAUGUUGGACGUAAAUACCACCUGAAAUUGGUGUUAGAAGACAUCCUUGAGAAAGACAAUGUUGUUAACUGCACUGCUGAGAUUCUUUAUCAUCUGGGCAACAAAAAUGCUGCUCCAGAUGUAGACUUUACAAUUGAAGGAGAACUUAAGAACACUGAUGAACAAGACAACAUAUUCUACAAUCAAAUCAAGAGCCUGAAAAAAGAGCUUGUGGCACAAAACAUACCAGACAGCCAUGGCAAUGUGCCCCCAGAAAUGGAACCCAUCAGACUGCUAGCUCGGGUCGCCGCCGGGUAUGUGGCAUGGCAGAACUCUACUGAAAAUACUCGGUACGAACUCGCCCAGAUUAAAGACGUGAGGCAAGUGAAAAGAAGCGAUGAUUACCUUGAAUUUGAUUACAUGGUUCUACUCCAUGAAUUUGUGUCACAGGAGAUUAUUCCCUGGCAAAUGAGAGUUCUCUGGCACCCACAGCAUGGUGUUAAAGUCACACAGAACAGCCGUCAGCCAAAACCUGCAGAGUACUGAUGGAGCACCUGGCACUAUAGUGGAAGCAGCUGAAAUGCUACAGGUGUUUGAAGGGAGGCAGAUAAGUAAACAGCGGGGCAAACAACUAAGGUACAAACAACAAGUCCUCGCUCAGUAAAACUUUUCCUGUGCAUUUUGCUUUGAUCUAAUAACCCAAGUCAUUUUAUCUACUGUACAAUCAAAUGCUCUGUCAAGAUUAAUAAACUGCUUGUUGCUAGAAAGAAUACUUACUGCACAGGUGCAGAGAUGUUCUCUCUAAAGGCAACUUUUGGCUUUCCCAUGGUGCAAGGACAACCAUAUUCUCUUUCCAUUCGCUGCAGAAAAAAGUAGAAUGAAAUUCAGAACUGUUCCUAUACAUCGGCAGUGUUUUUAUCACAGAUAAUUUUAAAGUGGGAAACUUGAUCAAGUUUAACCAUUUUUUUUGUUUUGCUUUGGUUUGUUUUUUUUUGGAAAAACAGAUGUUACAAAUUAUUCACUGUCAUUCUACUGUCAUCCUUGUUUAGGGGCAAUAGCUUUAGAUAUAGGACAAGGCAACAGCAUAACUACUUUAUUCAAGUUUAAGUUUUCAAAGACAAAACUGUCUUUUAUUCAUUCUGUCAACAUUUCAGAUACAUCUACUGUUAGACUGAAUUAAAGAAAGAUACUAGCUUGAAAGAAAUAAACAGAUCAUUGUAAGUAA